GCUGGAGGACAGUGAAGGACAGAGCGGCAUGUUGGGAGACAUCGCGUUUGUAAACCUAUGAAUCUGUAAUCUGAACAACAAGAGGGAGGACAUGGAAGGACAGCAGGCUGUUUCCACCUCGUAUAUCUGCUGGAUGGCAGGUGCUUUUCAUUCUAAUCAGAUAUGCUGCUCGAGGUGUGGACCCAGGCACCUAUCUUGAUCAGGAAAAAAAGGAACCAGUCUGACACCAUGAAAAAAGUUGGACUUAUUGGAGUGCUGCUGUUAUCGCAGGCAAAGUCGUCAUCAGAGUGUCACCCUCAUGGUCACAUACUGAAAGAGGAGGAAAAGUGCAUGAAAGAUCUGCUGCUUUUAAAUUCAUACAAAGCAACAGAAAACAACAUCAGUGUACACUGUAAGGGAAUGUGGGAUGACCUGAACUGCUGGCCGCCGGCCUCCCUCGGAGAAACUGUCUCUCAGCCGUGUCCAAAACAUGAGUUUUUCAGCUCAGAGGGUAAAUUGCAUCGCAACUGCACCGCUGAUGGCUGGACAGACCCGCUCGAGCCACAUGAAGACGCAUGUAGCUACACUUACAAUGACACCUUUCAGUUUUUUGGAGAGUCCUCAGAUUCUCAUUUGUAUUUCUCCUACGUGAAGACCAUGUACACGGCUGGAUAUGCGCUCUCUCUCAUCACUCUCACCAUCGCCAUCACCAUAUUCUGCAUGUUCAGAAAGCUGCACUGCACAAGGAACUACAUCCACAUCCAGGUGUUUAUCUCCUUCAUCCUGAGAGCCAUCUUCAUCUUCAUCAGAGACUCUCUGCUCUUUAAAGAUGAAGAGCUCUACCACUGUGACUACUACCCGGUGACGUGUAAGGUCGUGCUGAUGUUCUCCAACUACUCCAUCCUGGCAAACUACAGCUGGCUGCUGGUGGAGGGCCACUUCCUCUUCACCCUGGUGAACCGCUCCUUCUUCUCCCUGAAGAAACACCUCACCUGGUACAUCAUCCUGAGCUGGGGUGUACCGUUGAUUGUCAUUAUCGGCUGGGGGUGUGCCAAGUUUUUUUAUGAAGAUGAAGGCUGUUGGGAAACCAGGAGACAUCUAUGGAUUUGGUGGAUACUUCGCGUGCCAGUUCUUCUGACGAUAUCUAUGAAUCUCAUCUUUUUCUUGGGCAUUUUGAGGAUACUCGUGGGGAAGCUCAGGAUGUCAGAUGCGCAGAGGAAUGAAUUCAACCAGUAUAAGAGGCUGAUCAAAUCCACAUUUUUCCUGGUGGCUCUGUUUGGUCUGCAUUACAUCCUGUUUGUCUUCUUACCUGUUGAAGUGAGCAGCACGGUGUUUAAGAUAAGGACCUUUGCAGAGCUGGCUCUGUCAUCCACACAGGGUUUCGUGGUGGCCGUGCUCUACUGCUUCAUGAACGGAGAGGUGCAGCACGAGCUUCUGAGGAGGUGGAGGAGAUGGAGGCUGACCCGGCACCUCCCCAGUCGGCGCAGGCAGCAUCACGGCUCCAUCAGCCACAGCGGGUCUCCUCACACGCAGGUCUCACUGCUGCCCUGCCCUCCAGGCAGCCCGGCGACCAGUGGACUCCCGAUGGAUACCGUGGAGAUGUGAUUCGAGCUGGGAUUGGCUCAUUUGCGCUCUCUCUCUUUCUCUCUCUCUCCUUGUCAAUGCAUAAUGGAGUCUGGCUUGGCGCUGAUAGACAACGAGUCCACAACUGCAGCUUACGUGUUCUAAAUCCUGAAGUGUUUCUAUUUGAUGACAUAAGGAUGUAAAAUAUACUGUAGAGACACCGCCCCCCCAAAAAAAAGGCUGGUUCUUACCAGGUUAAUCUUUGUUACUAAUUAAAGCUGUGUGUAAUGUAAGCUUAAAUCUGCAACAGUCCAAGUCAACACCCCACCCUGAACGUCUGCUGCCAGACUGGACUGACUUAAAAAAAAAGCUCAUUCAGUGCCUAGAACCGGCCCGAUGGUCAGAAAAGUAGCCUAAUUUUUAAUUUAUCAGGUCCACCUUGCUACAACUAAGGAAUAUUUCAAUGGUCAGUUAGCAGUGAAACUGUUUUGGACAGCUCUCCUUGUAUUUUCAUUUUCUAACUUGUUGGGUUUUGGCUUUGUUGUUUCGUGGAAAACAACAGAAACAAGCAAAGUCUGAGGCCCAGAGAACAAUAUCCUUGAUAGCUCGUCCUGUACAGUGUUGAAACUUUUUGUGUGAAAAUAUGCAUUGUAUUUGCACUUGAAGGAACAGUUUGCCUUUUUUCGUUUUCUUUUAGAAAAACACUUUUAUUUGUUUUCUUGGGCAGUGUUAAAUGACAACAUCCAUGCCAGUCUUAUGUCUGUAUGCUACAGAUGAAGCUUGAGACAGCAGGUGCUUAGCUUAGCGUGUAGAGUGGAAAUGGGAAACAGCAAGCCUGACUGUGAUAAAAAAGCAGGUUGGCAGAUUGUUUUCCAUUUUGACAAGCCAGGGAUGAUCCCUGCUCUCACUUUUGCUAUGUAAAGCUAACCCCCUGCUGGCUCUAGCUUCAAGUCAACAUUGCAAACAUACAACAAUGCUCCUGGCAAGAAAUAAAGUGCAUUUAGAGGAACUCUA